AUGGGGGGAUGUGGAACAGUAGGAGUGGCGCCUAUUAGAGGAGUGGCGCCUAUUAGAGGAGUGGCGCCUAUUAGAGGAGUGGCGCCUAUUAGAGGAGUGGCGCCUAUUAGAGGAGUGGCGCCUAUUAGAGGAGUGGCGCCUAUUAGAGGAGUGGCGCCUAUUAGAGGAGUGGCGCCUAUUAGAGGAGUGGCGCCUAUUAGAGGAGUGGCGCCUAUUAGAGGAGUGGCGCCUAUUAGAGGAGUGGCGCCUAUUAGAGGAGUGGCGCCUAUUAGAGGAGUGGCGCCUAUUAGAGGAGUGGCGCCUAUUAGAGGAGUGGCGCCUAUUAGAGGAGUGGCGCCUAUUAGAGGAGUGGCGCCUAUUAGAGGAGUGGCGCCUAUUAGAGGAGUGGCGCCUAUUAGAGGAGUGGCGCCUAUUAGAGGAGUGGCGCCUAUUAGAGGAGUGGCGCCUAUUAGAGGAGUGGCGCCUAUUAGAGGAGUGGCGCCUAUUAGAGGAGUGGCGCCUAUUAGAGGAGUGGCGCCUAUUAGAGGAGUGGCGCCUAUUAGAGGAGUGGCGCCUAUUAGAGGAGUGGCGCCUAUUAGAGGAGUGGCGCCUAUUAGAGGAGUGGCGCCUAUUAGAGGAGUGGCGCCUAUUAGAGGAGCCCAUUAG